AUGACUGGAUGUGACCACGCGUAUUUUGCCCCGCCGCCGUGUCGAAUUGUCGUCGGGUCGGUGUUUGAGGUUGAGGGCAAAGAAGAGGAGGCCAAAGCAAAGCGCGCAAAUUGGGAGGUUUAUGUAAAAGAUCCAUCUCCAAGAUGUUUUGUCGACGAUGAUUCCGCCCAAAAGUGGCCCGAGUACGGAGCCGACGACGAUGAACAGAAACAAGAGACCCAUGAACUGUCCACGCUCGCGUAA